GGGGAACGAAAAAAAAUUCUUCAGUAUUAAAACGUGAACCUUGGAAUGUGGAGAUGGAAUAAGGGGAUUAGAACUUGAAGCUAUGUUUAUUCUUCAUUAAACGAUGGCGGAAACAACUGAUGCAGCUUUAUGCAGAAGGGAAGCUCUUGGUUAAAAGCAUUCUCUAUUAUCAUGUUCAGGAAAUCAAAAAGGAAACGAAACCGACAUGUGAGUGUCCAUGCAGAUGCUGAUGCAGUAGUAGCAAUGAAAAAAAUUUUGCGAGUUUUUCGUGAACGCCAAAUAUAUUCGGAUGUAAAGGUGGAUCGAUUAACGAAUGCCGUAACGUCAUCGCUGACUGGAAUAAGACUUGUUGAGUUUAAUAUCGAAUUAGGUGGAACAGUUUUAAGUACUGAAAGUAUCCAAAAGUCACGUCAAACACCGUCCACACCACCGAACCCUGGGAAAGCAGUGGAUUCACCACAUUUAUCAACUCCCACUGUUGAUGCGGAUUCUCCGGAACCGAAAAAGAGUAAAAUGGAUAGUGAGAAUUUUGACGUCAAAGUUAUGACUCGAGUAACAGAAGACGUAAUAGCAUUGUUGAAAAAGUUGGAAGACCCACCAUCAGCUGAUGCCGAAACACGCCAAUUGAUAGCCUCAUUUCCGGAGACGAUAGCAAAUCCUGCUCUUUUAAAACCUAUCAAAAAUGAAUCUCAGGCGACGGAAUUAUUAAAGAAAAUCAAGGAGGCUGAACCUGUAGUUAAAGAAUAUUGCAAAAGGCUAGCGACGGAAAUGGAAGAUAGGCGGUCUUUGCAACAAUUGCUUCCUGAAUAUUUUGGUUUCUUGAAGGCCAGUGCAGUAAGAAAUGACGAAAUGUUACGCUCUGUACGGGAAAAAGUAGAAAAAUUGGAGGAAGAAAAGACAUCGGUAAAAGAGCACUUUGACUCUUUGCCUGACUUAGCUGAUUUGCCUGCCAAUGCGUUACCUCCGCUUCCUUCCUUAGGUGAAUUGUUCAAAAGCGGUAAAAAUGAAAACGAAGAAGAUAUGGAAGUCGAAAAGCGUGAAGGAUAAAUUCUUCAGCUUUAUGGCGUAAUUUGUACUUGUUCUCAUUGUUAUUUCUUGCAAUUCGGAUACUAUAUUUAGUUAAUACUUGUCAAAAUGUAAAUUUUAUUCUCUGUGCGGGAAAAAAUAUAUGCGAAGUGUGAAGCCACAGCAUAAUCUCAUUAGAC